AUGAUUAAAAUCUGCGUGUACUGUUGUCUUCUUUCUGCUCUGAGUGUUGUGGAGGUGAAGACUCUCUACAUAAAUGGCCGUGUCGGGGAAAGUGUCCACUUCACAUGCUCAGGGUGGGACAGUGUGACUAGUGUAAGGGAAAACGAUAAGUACUUUUGUUACAGUCCAUGUACAGAUAAGGUACACAUCAUCAACAAAGCAGCAUUUAAAAGAACUACAUAUAAAGGCAGAGUAGAGUUAACUAACUCAGGAGAAAGUUUAUUUGUGACCUUCAAGAAUCUCCAUGAGUCAGACUCUGGCACAUAUUAUUGUGGAGUGGACAGAUGGGGCAAAGAUUCCUUUAUAGAGGUGAAUCUUAAAGUCACAGAUGCCAAGUCUUCCAGUCCCAAGACGACUCCAAAACCCCUCAUUGUGUCCACGCUGUCAUUCUCAGCUCCAUACAGCUCCACUACGUCUUCAGACAGCACAAGGAGCUGUGCAGGUCCUGAUGGAGUCUACCAAUCACUCCACCCAGUGACGAUGGAUGAAGACCAAGUCUACAGCACUAUCACAACCACUGGAGAGAGUGCAGGUCCUGAUGGAGUCUACCAAUCACUCCACCCAGUGACGAUGGAUGAAGACCAAGUCUACAGCACUAUCACAACCACUGGAGAGAAUGCCGCUGUGGAGUCGAUGGAGAUGGAUACAACCAGUGGCUCUUAG